AUGGAACGUGCUAAAAUAUCAGUGAAUGAUAAAUCUCCAUUUCACACUUCUCCAUCACCACUGCAUAUUAAACGAAUUCUUGAUGCGAAACGGAAAGAUUCUGAAUCAAUUUUGAGAGUUAAAGUUAACGGUGCUGAAAUGUGCAACAUUUAUAGAGCUUUUCACGGACGUCUCAAUGUGUCAUAUAAACGACGUGAAGAUAGUGAGCAAGGAUCACUGUGUGUAGAAUGGCUGGUACUAUUACUUUCUGAUCUAUCAUUUGAAAAAAGUAUCGCUGAUAAUCCCUCAGGCGAUGAGUAG